CUCCCCUAAGGAGUCUUGGCUUCGCGGCGGGUCCGGCCGGCGCGCCGCGGUCGUCAGAGCGCCGCUCCCGCCGGGUUUGCAGCGUUUCGCGUCUCGCCUGUGCGUCCUCUCCUUCUCUCGCGCUGCAGCCACCGUGGUCGUGGCCGCCUCUCUCUCGUCCCUGCUCCGCCUCUCCCGAAGCUGCCCCCGACUCUUUGGGUUUCCUUCUCCCUCUCCUGGCUUUUAACUCUUGCUAAUUCUGUAAGGGAUGGCGCAGCCAACGGGCUUCCCAGGCCAAACAUUUUUUGACUUCAUUGUACAUCUUCCUUCUCCAUUUCGCGAAAGAGAACUUAAUCCCUACACCCUUUCCAGAGGUCUCUGAUGCAAACCCCACCACCAUCUUUUUUUUUCCACUUUGCAUGGUUCCUGGUCAGCAUAGAAAUGUGGAGUGUCUCGGCUGAAUCCUCAUGCAGACAAGAUCGUUAUGGUCCUGCAGUUCCAGAAUUGGGUUUACUCUCUAAAGUCAUCUGUGACUUUAUUCUGGUUUAGCUUGGAGACCGAGUUUCUAUUCAUAAAUCAUCCUUGAAGUUGCCUGAUAGCUGAUGCUGUUUUAUAAGUAGAAGAGACCAGGUUGAAAAAGUGUUGUUCAACAUUAGUUGAAGGAAACAAAGCGGAAAGCCUAGAAGGAAAAGAAGAUAUUGAUUGAUCUACAUGACCAGCCUAGUUGCCGUAAAAGAAGAAUCCACCAAAGGGAGUGAUUUAAGAUCCACUGCAGGUGUGUUAGCAGCACUGCUUCUGUAACAAAAGACUCACUACAUCUUGGAAGAGAAUGGCCAUUUCCCAGGGGGCAGCCUUUUUCAUGCUGGUAGUGUCCUGUGUUUGCAGCACUGUCUUCCACAGAGACCAGCAGACUUGGUUUGAGGGUGUCUUCCUGUCUUCCAUGUGCCCCAUCAAUGUCAGUGCCAGCACCUUGUAUGGAAUUAUGUUUGAUGCAGGGAGCACUGGAACUCGAAUUCAUGUUUACACCUUUGUGCAGAAAUUACCAGGACAGCUUCCGAUUCUGGAAGGGGAAAUUUUUGAUUCUGUGAAUCCAGGACUUUCUGCUUUUGUAGAUCAACCUAAGCAGGGUGCUGAGACUGUUCAAGAACUCUUAGAGGUGGCCAAAGACUCAAUCCCUCGAAGUCACUGGAAGAGAACGCCAGUGGUCCUGAGGGCAACAGCGGGACUGCGCUUACUUCCAGAAAAGAAAGCCCAGGCUCUGCUCUUUGAGGUAAAAGAGAUCUUCAAGAAGUCACCUUUCCUGGUACCAGAUGACAGUGUUAGCAUCAUGGAUGGAUCCUAUGAAGGCAUAUUAGCUUGGGUUACUGUGAAUUUUCUGACAGGUCAGCUGCAUGGCCACAGCCAGGAGACUGUGGGGACUCUGGACCUGGGGGGUGCCUCCACCCAAAUCACGUUCCUGCCGCAGUUUGAGAAAACCCUGGAACAAACCCCUAGAGGCUACCUCACUUCCUUUGAGAUGUUUAACAGCACUUAUAAGCUCUAUACACAUAGUUACUUGGGAUUUGGAUUGAAAGCUGCAAGACUAACAACUCUGGGAGCCCUGGAGACAGAAGGAAUUGAUGGACACACUUUCCGAAGUGCCUGUCUACCGAGAUGGCUGGAAGCAGAGUGGAUCUUUGGGGGUGUGAAAUACCAGUAUGGUGGCAACCAAGGAGGGGACGUGGGCUUUGAGCCCUGCUAUGCUGAAGUGCUGAGGGUGGUCCAAGGAAAACUUCAUCAGCCAGAUGAGGUCCAGAGAAGCUCCUUCUACGCUUUCUCUUACUAUUAUGACCGAGCUGUUGACACAGACCUGAUUGAUUAUGAAAAGGGGGGUGUUUUAAAAGUUGAAGAUUUUGAAAGGAAAGCAAGGGAAGUAUGUGAUAACCUGGAAAAAUUCACCUCAGGAAGUCCUUUCCUGUGCAUGGAUCUCAGUUACAUCACAGCCUUGUUGAAGGAUGGCUUUGGCUUUGCAGGCGGCACCGUCUUACAGCUCACAAAGAAAGUGAACAACAUAGAGACCGGCUGGGCCUUGGGGGCCACCUUUCACCUGCUGCAGUCUCUGGGCAUCUCCCACUGAGGCCAAGCCGUUCCUCUGAGGCCUGCAUUUGUCAACAACCUUGUUAAAGGGAGAAUGAGAGAGGAAAGGACUCAGUUGUAUUCUGAGCUAGUCUGGGGACAGCCUAGACUGAAGUCCAGCAGCUGAUUUCAUCUGGAGGAAGGGGCUUUUGUAGACAGGUCUUACCCUUGAGUCUAGAGAUUUGGAUUUAAUUAAUUUUACGCCUCAAAUGUGAACUAUUUCCUAACCACUCUUCGUGCACAGCUGGUACCACAGUCUAAAUCUUUGAGGUUCCUUGUGUGUCACAGAGAGCCAAAAGGAAUAGCUUUGGAACUUAACCUUGGGAACCCAGGGAACCAAAGAAGAAUCUCAUUUCAACCCUUUCAGUGCCUCAUUCCUUUGAACAUUUUAAUUUUCCUCUUACAUGUUAAACUCAGCUGAGUGAUUGCAAUCCCAAGACCUAUCCACACCAGUAUUUUCUUUUCCCUGCACAUUGCCCUGUCCCACCUUUAUCUCUACUCACCUACCCUAAAAAAAAAAAGAAAGAAAAAUACCUGGUUUUACUUCCAUGUGUAGUUCAAAGAGGAAAAAAAAAAAAGCCAUAUCUGGGGAAUUCCUGGAGGUCCGGGUGGUUGGGACUAUGAGCUCUCACUGCCAAGGGCAUGGGUUCAAUCCCUGGUCGGGGAACUAAGAUCCUGGAAGCCGUGCACGUGGUGUGGCCAAAAAAAAAAAAGGUACCAUAUCUGAAGUUAUGUGAUCCAGCUUUGUGUCAGCACCAAUCAGCCAGCUGAGAGCCAUUCUAAAUCUCAGAAGGAUGGAGAGCAGCUCACAACUGGGCAGAAGGGAGGCCAUCCAGUUUCUAGGGACAUGUUUUGGGAGGGUGUGUCUGCCUUCUACAGACUACCUUCUUUUAAUCAACUUUUUAUCAGUAAACCCUGGGGUAAUGAACAUAUCCAACCUUAUAGGAGUGUGUGUGUGUGUGUGUGUGUGUGUGUGUGUGUGUGUGUGUGUGUGUGUGUGUGUGUGUUUUCAGUGCUAGUACCUCUUUUGUGUGUGUGUGUGUGUUUUCAGUGCUAGUACCUCUUUUCUCAGGCUAAUGUGUUUAUAGUAAUUUGUCAUCCUAAACUUGUUUUCUUUGUAUUUCUAAGAAGUACAUCUAUACCCUAGCUUUUGGUCUGUGGUGAGAGGCCUGUGGCUAUGCUUUUCAAGGAUCCAGAUUUUGGUAACAGCCCCUUUCAGUUUGUCCUUUUAUUCUGUUUACAGCAGUGUCUCUUUCUGCCCUGGCCCCUGAUCAUUUUAGCUAGCAUCAUCUACAUUAUUUGUCUAGUUCUAGGGCUUCUGAACCCUUCUUGAUGAUACCUAACAUUUGAUUUACUUGGCCAUUUUGGCCCACAUCCAUACAGUGGACGCUCACUUUUUGUUUGAAUGUUCAGAGCUCUUGAUUUUGUGAAUUAUUUCCACUAAAAUUCAUGAUCUUGUACUUUCCCACAUGACCACCAUUUCCUUGUCUACCCAUGCGACUGCUCUUGGACAUGAAAGAUCUUCCAGUAAUCUGGCUUCUACACCUUGGCUCUUUACCUCCAGCUUCUUUCCAGCAGAGUAUCUCCCCAGACUUGUACUUUUCACAGUAGACUCUCUUUGAGCUUUUUCACAAAAGAUGUUAAAUAUACCUGGCCCUCACA